AAAGCAAUGUUCAGAGAUUUGUACCAACGGGGCAUGGUUACAAUAUUUUUUAGUGUAGGUUCAAAACCAUUGGACAUCUGGGAAACACAUAUAAAAGAUGGAUACAUAAGAAAGUUUUUGGAUCAGGACAUAAAGUCAAUGGUCUACGAAAUACGUGGCACUAACGUUAGUACAACAUAUAUAAAAUGCCCUAAGGGAAACCAGGUUUUAGGUAUAAAUAUGCCUUACAUGAUAAUGAUAGUUAAGAAUCUAAAAAAGUAUUUUACGUUCGAGGUUACCAUAUUAGAUAACACAGGCGUGAGACGAAGAUUCCGAGUUUCUAACUUUCAAAGCACCACUCAAAUACAGCCAUUUUGUACAGUGAUGCCCAUCGGUUUAGCUGACGACUGGAAUCAAAUCCAGUUCAAUAUAGCUGAGUUCACUCGACGGGCUUACAACAAACAAUUUGUCGAAGUACAAAACGUUAAGAUAAAUGCAAACAUUCGACUAAGGCGAAUAUACUUUACGGAAAGAUUAGUACAUCCGGAUGAGCUACCUAACCAGUACAAGUUAUUUUUCCCUAUAGAUAAAAAGGCAAAAAAAGAAAAAAUUAUACAUCCAUCUCAGACAGAAAUGCCGAAAGUGAACGUUUCGAAAAUCAGUGUUAGGGAACAAGAAACGAGAGCUACUAUUGCCAAGGCACCAUCAGAACAUGCAUUAGAAGGCAAAAAUAAGUCUAAGACAAGCCUGAAGGAGAGUGUUACUAAGGCACCAUCAGAACGUUCUAUCGAAGGUGAAACGAAGUCUAGGACAAGUGUAAAGAGAUCCCUUACUAAGACAUCGUCAGUAGUAGAAGGCGAGACGAAAUCUAAGGAAAAUUUAACGGAGACUAUGGAAGACAUACCUGACCAGCCAAUAGAAGCAUUUAUUAAUACACUACUCGAUCAAGAAGUAUUUGAAAAGUUAAAAACAGAGGAGGCUUGAUAUGGAAUGCGAAGUUUUUACAAGUUAAGGUUGGAAUUGUUUAGUUUUAUUUUAAAUUAUUUUCCACGCUUUCAGUAUUUCAAAACU